AUGGCCGGUCAUGAUGAUAUGUCGAUUAUAAUGUCGGCUGUCGGGCAGCAGCUACAAGAAGGCACACCGUACUACGAACUCCUACUGAAAAUGAUCGAAGAAAUCGGAAAAGACAUUCGCCCAACGUACACAUUCAACAAAUCGACCAAUGAGAAGCUCAAGAAGCAUAUUCACUGUGCAAAAAUGCUUAUUAAAGCCUGCCAAACCGAGGCCGAAAACGACAAAAAGAAGGCGGACGCGGCGGCCGAAGCGGCCAGAAUCCAGGCGGCGCUUCGCAAGACGGACGGUCCAGAAGGCGAUGAGGAGGCCAAGAAAUCCGAGUCGAAAGCCUAA